AUGGCAGACGACGAUAAUUUUGAUAUCGAUAUUUAUGGCGAGGAUCUCGACGAUCCGUCUGCUCCUUACAAGAAGGUAGCCGCGGAAGAUGAGCUCUUCCAUGAUGAUGACGGAAAACCAGACACCGGAAAGAGCAACGGGAAUGCUGCUGCUGCUAACGGCACUACAGAAGACACUAAUAUGGAAGGCGCCAAUGUCACCGAUAAUGUCAAGCAAGAGCCGAUUCCGCAACCCCCACAGCAUAAUAGCUUGAAAAGGAAGCACCCAGAUAACCGCCAUGUUGACGUUAAUGCUACUACAGCCUUGUACAUCUCGGAACUGAACUGGUGGACAACAGACGAUGAUAUUCGUGGGUGGAUCCGACAAGCCGACUGCGAAGACGAGCUAAAGGAUAUCACGUUCAGCGAGCACAAGGUCAACGGCAAGUCUAAGGGCGUCGCGUUUGUCGAGUUCACGACCACCCAAGCGUCCUCGGCUACAAAGGCGAAGAUCGAGUCAUUCGCAACCCAACCAGGCUACCAGUCAAAGCGUCACACCGUCAAUUUUACGCAGCCACACAGCAACCCCUUCCGAACUUUGCCUAAGGAUGCACCAGCCAGAAAUAAGGAUGACAAUCGUAGUGGCCCUGGUAACUUCAACAAGGAUAAUAGACCCCACGGACCUAUGAGUAAUAACUUCCCAUCGCCCGCCAACUUUGCUCCCCAAUCAAACAUGAUGGGCAACAACAUGGGAGGUGGUGGUGGCGGCGGCGGCGGCGGCGGCGGCGGAUACCGUGGUGGCCGUGGAAAUAUGAUGGGAGGUGGCCGAGGCAAUAUGGGUGGCAGCGGUGGCGGCGGCUACAUGAACCGCAACAACGCUGGAAACCACAUGGGAGGUGGUGGAGGGUCUGGAAGCCCUCCUCAAUCAUUUGGGAUGAUGAACCAACCUGGUGGCUUUGGGAAUAUGGGCGGUGGUGGCGGUGGUGGUGGCGGCGGUAUGCAGUUCCAAGGCGGCGGCGGCGGCGGAGGAGGAGGAGGAUUUCAAGGCAAUCGUGGCGGCAUGAACAUGGGUAUGCGUGGCGGCGGACCUCCAAACCGUGGGCGCGGAGGGUUCAACAACAAUAUGGGUAUGCCAAUGGGCGGUAUGGGACCAAACAUGGGAAUGAAUCCUCCAAUGGGCGGUAUGAACAUGGGAGGCCCGAUGGGUAACAUGGGAGGCGGCGACAUGAGUGGAGGUAAUAGCAAUUUCAAUCCCAUGAUGGGUAGCGGAUUUAAUCCAAUGAUGGGCGGUGGUGCUCCUCAAUUCCCUAAUCCCAACUUCACCCAGCAGUUCUUUGGUCAGCCUCAACAAGGCGAGCAACAGUGGAACCCGCACGGAAAUAAGCGCCCGCGACAGGACGGCUAG